UCGUGUGGAGUUCACGCACUCCUGCGCACGUAGAGCGCGCUACUAUUCGCGGAGUGGUUCUAGUGUUGUGGUUUAUUUAAUUACUUGUUUGAAUUCCAACUGCCGGUUGGUUGAAGACCAGCAACAUGAUAUUUGAGUUGCUGCUGGCGGCGUUGGUGGCGGCGGUGGUAUGGCUGAUAUUUUUCCGAGAUGAUGAUAACCCCGUGGACAAACUCCCCGGACCUCCGAGGAAACCAUGGAUCGGGAACGCCUGGGAGCUGCUCCAAAUGCCCUCAGAUAAGUUAUUGGACAUAUUGGUCGACUACACGAACAAAUAUGGCGACCGCUAUGUGUUCAAGGUGUUCAGUCUCCGAGUGCUGCAUAUAUCUGGACCUCCUGAUGUUGAGACGGUGCUCUCGCAUUCGAAGAAUAUCAAGAAGAGUGCUCCUUAUGACUUCCUAAAGGGAUGGCUGGGCACCGGACUCUUGCUUAGUACUGGUCUCCACUGGCACAAGCGCCGUAAGAUUCUGACUCCAACCUUCCACUUCAACAUCCUGAAGAACUUCGCCCACGUAAUCGAGGAGAAGACACAGGAUCUGGUGAAGAUGCUCAAGGACAAGAACGGAGCUGAUGUGAGCUUGAUGCCCACAAUCAGUGAUUUCACUCUCUUCACUAUUUGUGAAACGGCAAUGGGGACAAAAUUGGACGACGAUAAGACAUCAGCCACAGUGGACUACAAGAACGCCAUCCUUAACAUCGGCAUGCAAAUGUUAGCGAGGAUCACCCGGUUUUGGCUGCAUAACGACUUCGUCUUCAACAACUCUUCACGAGGAAAAGAAUUUAACAAAACCUUGGAAGUAGCUCGAGCCUUUGCUGAUAACGUCAUCAUGGAUAGGAAGGCCCAAAGAACUCAGAAUAAGAGAGAAGAAACUGCUAUUGCUGAUGCGUCUGAUGGCAUUGGAACUAAGAAGAGAUUGGCUAUGUUGGAUCUCUUGCUGGAGGCUGAAGAGAAAGGCGAGAUUGAUAUGGAUGGUAUCAGGGAUGAGGUUAACACUUUCAUGUUUGAGGGACAUGAUACAACAGCCUUAGCUCUUACUUUUGGCUUGAUGCUGUUGGCUGAUCAUGAAGAUGUACAGGAGCGCAUCUACGAGGAAUGCCAAACGAUCCUGGGUGACUCAGAACACGUGACGAUGUCCAAUCUGUCCGACAUGAAAUAUUUGGAGGCAGUCAUCAAGGAAAUACUGCGAUUGUACCCCAGCGUGCCUUUCAUUGGACGAGAGAUCACUGAAGAUUUUAAGCUGGGUGACAUAACAGUGAAGAAGGGUACGACAGUGGACGUCCACAUCUACGAGCUGCACCGUCGCGCUGACAUGUUCCCGGAGCCGGAGAAGUUCAUGCCGGAGCGGUUCCUCGGCACGGAGAUGAAACAUCCUUACGCUUACGUGCCGUUCAGCGCUGGACCUAGAAAUUGCAUUGGACAAAGAUUCGCGAUGCAAGAAAUGAAAACCACACUUAGCGAGCUGGUCCGUCACUUCAAAAUUGUACCUAAAGUCAAGGGAGCAAGGCCUAGAAUCAUGGCGGACUUGGUUCUCAGACCAGUGGAUCCCAUCUAUGUCAAGUUUAUUCCUCGCUAAAUUAUGUGUAAUUUGUUCACAUUAAGACAGUGGUGUGUCAUUGUUGCUGAGAUUUGAUUUGACCUAUAUUCCAACUCUUGCACAUCGUGCUGUUAAAGUGUUUACUCAAUUUUCAGCUUUAUUAUUUUGUGUUACAGUUGUAAAUCCAAUAUUUUUUGGCGGUUUAUGUUUAACAUGCUAGACAGUCUGUACGUACCUUUCAAUAUCACUGAUCACUAAUACUGUUACAGCUCGACUAUGCAUUACCAUGAACCAACUUGACAAUCUAAUCAUUAGAUAAUAAUAAUAGUGCAUACAGGGAUAGUCGCCGGUUUGUGUCUCCAUUACAUUUAGAUUAAAGUUGUCU